AGGAAAAAUAAGCCUGCAAUUCUCGUAUCGGAGAGAUAAGAUGCAGAUCUUCGUGAAAACCCUAACGGGGAAGACCAUCACCCUUGAAGUCGAAUCGAGUGAUACUAUCGACAAUGUCAAGGCCAAGAUUCAGGACAAGGAAGGUAUUCCGCCGGACCAGCAGCGACUGAUCUUUGCUGGUAAACAGCUUGAAGAUGGGCGUACACUGGCUGAUUAUAAUAUCCAAAAAGAGUCGACUCUGCAUCUUGUGCUGAGGCUCCGUGGAGGGAUCAUUGAACCGUCUCUUAUGGCCUUGGCCAGGAAAUACAACCAAGAUAAGAUGAUUUGCCGCAAGUAAGUUCUCCGCUGAACAACUUGGCUUUGAGCUUCAUUUACUUAUCUCGAUCAUUUGCUGAACUCUACAUGUCAGAAAUUGGAAGUGUUACAGUAUAUAUGCUAGUUCUUUACGUUCCUUUAGAGCCCGGUGAAAGUAAAUUGUUGUCAGAAGAUGUAAUAUUUUACUUAAACAUCAACUCUUUAAGAUGGCCAGUAAGCUUAGAUGGCAUUUGUGUGUCAUUGUCCUAACUUGCUCCUGAUGGUGAAUACAAACUUCUAUCAUGGGGAUGAAAUAGAAUGAAAUUGAAAGAUGGUGCUUUUGAACUGUGGGUGGGGUUUAGCCCCCCCCCCCCCC